UUUGGUUGGGGGGGGCUUUAAAUCAAACAUAAGUCAAACUCAGAUAGGAGCAAAGGAGAGAGUGAAUAAGUCUAUGUAUUCAAGGAUUAUGGCUGAACGACUGCGUUAUAUGAUUGUUGUUCUGGUGAUGGUGUGGGCCAUAAGUGAAAUCGGAGAAGGAGCAAAGAGUCGACCCCGCCCUCAAAGACCCCCAAGGAAAAAAGAUCCAGAAGAAGAGAUCCCAAACCCACCGGAGAGAAACAUAGACAUCAAUCAGAUGUUGGGAAAGUGGUACCUGCUGAACAUGGCCUCCAAAUGCUCUCACCUAAUGACCCAUGGACACAAUGCAGAAGCCACCACCAUGACACUGGACCUGACCACAUUUGGAAAAGAGCAAAAGCUGUCUGUCAAAACUACUACAAGACAUAAUCAUCAGUGUUGGGAGAUCCAUCAGCUCUACGAUUUUACAAAAACCAGUGGCUUCUUCACACUCAAAGGAAACGACCCAAAAAUAGACACCAAAGUGACUAUACUGGACACAGAUUACACUUCCUAUGCAAUCUUCGUUUAUGAGAUUCAGAAAAAGAAAGUGAGGAAAACCAGCUUGAAGCUAUAUGCCAGGAGCGUAGCAGAACUGCAUGAACCAACAUUGCUUAAGUUUGAGGCUGUUGCUGCAACCAAGAAUUUUGGACUGGCUUUUAUGUUUCCCUUUCCAACAUAUAGUCACUGUGACACUGUGGAUGAAGACCAUAUUAUCAACUGCAUCCCAACAUGUUGAAGUACAGCCCUGAAGAAAUCAGGAUCAACAAACCCCAAAUCUAAAUUCAUUAAAUAGAGUGGUUACUGCAAAAUAUACUUUAAGUGCUUUUUGCUGUUUUGUACUUUGUGUUUGAGGUUUGUGGUUGUGAACAAAAUGAAGCCAGAUGUGGAGGGGCCAUCUUGGGUCGACUGAGUUUGGUUACAAAACUAAAGGAGUUACCAAAUGCUCUUGUGGAACAACCCCCACUUCUCUCCACACCUUCUGCAUUAUAUGAGGGAGCUGUUACAUAAGCAGCCAGCAGCAUGCUGGGUCAAGUCAGGCCCUGAACAAAAAGAGACAUCAACAUUCAUAGAAAGCUCUAUAAGCAAGUUUGUAAACACAUGUUGGUCCAAAAUAUAGGCUUUACACACAAUAAGUGCCUCAAACCCAUGUGCAAUAUUGUUAAUUUCGUAAUGGGCUAAACAAGAAUGUAGUAUCCUUAUGUAGUCUAUGGUAGUACCAGAAAAGAAAAUGAAUUAUGAAAGUUUAAGGAAGAUUUUUGCAAGAUUUCUUUAGCCUUUUUUAGCCAUGUUGUGGAAUUUUGCAUCCACUGCAUUGUCGUAGCAAAGACACUUCCAGUUCAUUAUUGACAUUUCUCUGUGGUUAGCUCUGGCGUCAAACCAGUACAGAAUUUGUGCUUCUCUAACAUCAUCAAUUUUGGUCAACGUGUCCCAGAAACGGUAUGAUAUGCUCUUCUCUUUUUAUCUCAGCCAGCUUGUGUCCAAGCUGUCCUUCUUAGC